ACGCGACACCGCGUUGCCUGCAUGUUAUCCUGCCGGAAAUUUCCAACAAGGGCUCCCAUCUACCUUGCAUGUCGAUCAAGAUCGCCCGCUCUGUAUCGAUUCUUCUCUGCGACCAAUGAUACUUCCACAAGCAAGCCAUUCUACAUCACCACACCCAUCUUCUAUCCGAACGCAGUACCACAUAUAGGUCACCUCUACUCACUCGUCACUGCUGACAUAUUCGCUCGCUUUACACGUAUCUCUGAGCCGAGCCGCCUAGUGCAUUUUUUGGCAGGAACAGACGAACAUGGUUUGAAAAUACAAAAGGCUGCCAAGGACCGCGGCAUAGAGCCCUCUGUACUCUGUGAUACUCUAAGCGAACAGUUUCGUAGGCUGGGUGCUCGUGCUAACAUCAGUAACACGGUAUUUUUGCGCACGACGGAAGCAAGACAUAGAGAGGCUGUCGAAAAUGUUUGGCGCCAUCUCGCCGCACAAGAUCUCAUCUACAAAGGCACAUAUUCUGGAUGGUACUCCAUUUCUGAUGAAUGUUUCUAUACCGACAGUCAGAUCACUCAUCUACCCUCCUCUCCAACCCCCAUCUCCAUUGAAACUGGCUCUGCAGUUGAGUGGUCCAGCGAGUCGAACUACAAGUUUCGUCUCUCUAGCUUCCGGGAACGCUUGCUAGACUACUACACUGCCAAUCCGAACUCAAUAUACCCGUCUGCUCACCGCGAAAGGCUGAUACAGACCCUGAAAGAUGAACCUCUCGAUGACCUAUCAAUUUCACGACCACGGGAGAGAUUGAGCUGGGGAAUUCCCGUUCCGGGUGACACGUCACAUACCAUGUAUGUGUGGUUUGACGCACUGACGGUGUAUCUCACUGGAGUUGGAUUUCCUGCUGAGCGGCAAGGAUCACCGUGGCCACCAAAUAUUCAAGUCAUUGGGAAGGAUAUCGUUCGUUUUCAUGCGUUGUACUUGCCUGCCAUGCUCCUCGCGAUGGGAAAGCCGCUCUCGCAUACCCUACUUGCACAUGCCCACUGGACAGCGCAGCAACGCAAGAUGUCGAAGUCUAUAGGCAACGUCGCGGAUCCAUUCGACGCCAUGGACGCGUGGGGUGUCGAUGCCGUACGAUUUUACAUGGCACGCGUCGGUGGUCGUUUCAGAGAUGAUGUUGAUUGGUCUCCUGAGCAACUUGAGAAGCAUGCAGAUGAAAUUCGUAGUUUGCUCGGCAACUUCUUCUUGCGUAUCACCUCAAGAACGAUCCAGAAACGUGUAGCGUCUGCGCCUCAGCUCACGUUUGCGCAGCUCCUGGAUCAUUCCCUCGAUGGCCCCAACGGUGACGUUCUCUCAUCGCUACGUACCCUGAAGGGAAGAGUAGAGCGAUGUAUGGAGAAAUUCGAGGUGGGAGAUGCCCUCGAUGCUAUUAUCCUUGUCCUCAGAGAGGCGAACGGGGCAUUAACACACACCGCGCCCUGGUCGACGCAGAACCCGCCUGAAGCGGCACAAGUGUCCUAUCUCCUCUCCCUCGAAGUGCUUCGGGUUACUGGGAUAUGCUUGCAACCUUUCAUUCCCGAGGCUGCGCGCAACCUAUUGGAUGCAUUGGGUGUUCCGAAGGGAGAACGGAGCAUGGAUUUUGUAGCCGUGGGUAAGGGCAAUGUGGGGGAGGUGAAGGGAGUGAAGCUGUUUGAGGGCAAGAGAGAGAUAGCCAGCAGGGAUCAAUAAUUGUCUGUUGUGAAAUGUCAGAAUCACGGAGCAGAUGUGCACAUACUAAAUGGCCCGAUUCCCCACACCCGUUGUGGUGCAGCCUGCACAUGUCAAUUCCCAC